UCCCUCUCCAUGCCAGCUCGCAACGCUCGCUUCUCUCCUUCGCUCCCCUGUCCGAAACUUAGGGCACCAGAAUCCUGUUCCAAACCCUAACGCUAACCCUAGCCUCCGCAUCGCAGCCUCCGCCAUUCCUCCGGCGUCUGGAGUGAUUGUGGCGGUAGAUAGCCUACCUGGCUUCGGUUCCUCGCCGUCGGGGAUCAGAGAAACCCUUGUCCUAACCCUAGGUCGGCGAUGUCUUCUUCUUCGGGGCAGCCGCAGUUCCGGUACACGCAGACGCCAUCGAAGGUACUGCACCUCCGGAACAUGCCAUGGGAGUGCACGGAUGAGGAGCUGAUCGAGCUCUGCAAGCCGUUCGGAAAGAUCAUCAACACCAAGUGCAACGUCGGAGCCAACCGCAACCAGGCCUUUGUCGAGUUUGCAGACCUUAAUCAGGCCAUUUCGAUGGUUUCAUAUUAUGCCUCUUCAUCUGAGCCUGCAAAAGUUCGUGGCAAAACUGUUUAUAUCCAAUACUCGAAUAGGCAAGAAAUUGUUAACAAUAAGAGCUCUGGAGAUGUUUCUGGAAAUGUCUUGCUGGUUACUUUAGAGGGUGUUGAGCCUGGUGAUGUCAGCAUAGAUGUUAUUCAUUUGCAGGUCCAUGCUAGCACGGAGAAAAUCUCGUUAUCAACAUCUGCAUGCGGAGAGAUGCCAUGUAUUCUCUGCCUUUGGAUUUGUUCACAAAAUUGCCACCUUUGAAAAGGCUGCUGGUUUUCAGGCACUGAUCCAGUUCAGUGAUGCGGCAACUGCCUUAGCAGCAAGAGAUGCUUUGGAUGGAAGAAGCAUCCCAAGAUACUUACUUCCAGAGCAUGUUACCUCUUGCCACUUGCGAAUUUCAUUUUCUGCACAUACGGAUCUUAAUAUCAAGUUCCAGUCGCACCGGAGCAGGGAUUACACAAAUCCUUACCUUCCCGUGAACCCUUCUGCUAUUGAGGGUACAUUACAGCCUGUCGUAGGUCCCGAUGGAAAGAAAAAGGAGCCAGAGAGUAAUGUGCUUCUUGCUUCCAUUGAGAAUAUGCAAUAUGCUGUGACAGUUGAUGCUCUUCACACGGUUUUCUCAACAUUUGGUACUGUUCAGAAAAUUGCAAUAUUUGAGAAGAAUGGUGGAAUGCAGGCUUUAAUUCAAUAUCCUGAGCAAAAACAAAAAUCGGCUCAGAGGAAAUUGUUGCUGUUAUUUAUUGUCUUUUCAGAUGUAACUACUGCAGCAGUUGCUAAAGCAGCAUUAGAGGGACACUGCAUCUAUGAUGGUGGCUAUUGUAAGCUUCAUCUGUCAUACUCUCAUCAUACUGAUCUCAAUGUAAAGGCACACAGUGACAAGAGCAGGGAUUACACGAUUCCUGACACUGCAAUGGCAAUGCCACAAGUGGCCACGCUGCCUGCUGCCACUGGCUGGCAACAAGCAAGUGGAAUGUUUGUUGGCAGUGCUGGUACACAAGCACCAGUUCCAAAUGGGCAGAUGCUUGGUUGGGAUCCGAGUAGACCAACCUAUGCAUCAGUUCCAGGUGCAUAUCCUGGGCAGACAUUCAUACCUUCGUCUGUUCCCCAGUACCCUACUUCAGGAUCCCUCCCCGCUGCUCCACCUGAUUUGCUUCCAGGUUCACGGCAGAUAAUCCACCAUGGUAUUCAACCAAGACCUGCUGGUGGUUCACGUUCUUUUGGUCAGCCUCCUGUGUAUUACUAGUAAACUGUGCCUUCUUUGACAUCUUUUUACUCAAUUGCUGCAGCCUUUUCCCAGUAUACCUUGAGUCGUUCUCCACCCAUUUGUUGUGGGUGUUAUGAUGUAACUGUUAUUUCAACCUUGAUUUGAAAUGACUUCCAUCUAUGCGUACUUAAAUUAGUGUGCCUUUCAUAAGCUUACAUGUGCACCGGUUUGUUCCAUUGUGGAUUUUAUUUGUCAGCAUAAUAAUACAUUAUAUUUUGUGC